AUAGUAUUACAAUAUGGUGGAAUAACAUAGUGGUAUGUUAAGGUAUUAAUUCUAAAUCGUUAAUAUUAUCUAGGAUAUGUUACAUUAUCCUCCAGUACAUUACAUUAUUAGUAUACACAAUAUUACUAUUAAUACAACUGAUACUAAUGUAACUAUUAAUGGACUAUAUCCCAAUAAUGAAUAUACCGUAUACAUAAAACCAGUUAAUGCUAUUGGAGAGGGACUACUGAUUAACAUCACAGUCAACAUAACUAAUCAACAGUCCAUUUUAACAACAACAACCACUUUAACUGUUUCAGUUAUUGAGAGUUUAUCUGAUACUAUCAUCAGUAGCAGUGAUGACAGAUCCACUUUAAUGUCAAUAUCUCUGACAAUCAUUGAUGAUACAUUAGUAUCAGAACCCUCAAGCAGCAUAGAACCAUCAACAAUAUCAAGUUUGUACUAAAUAAAUUUUAUAUUAUAAUACUGAAAUCUGUUCAGUGCAAUGCUUUUUUACUAACUGACAUUUUAUUGCAAUUUGUAAGCACAUAAAAAUCAUCCAAAAUUUUGGUCAAUAAGUUGCUAUUGCCUAGGACUUAUUCAUAAAUCACUCCAAAAAUUACCUUUAUUUUUUCAGAUGCUUGA